AUGCUACGACUGGGUGGUUCCAUCCAAUCCGUCCGCUGUUUGGCUACCGCUACCGCAGCGGCGGUCAAGAAACCGGCCACUACUGGAGCAACGGGGCCAAAUAUUGUACUUGUCGAUGCUGUUAGAACUCCUUUCGCUGUUUCCGGCACGGUGUUCAAGGACCUUUGGGCAGUAGAUCUACAAAGGGAAGCCUUGAAAGGUAGGAAGACCCAUACUAUGUUUUCCUCACAUUAA